AUGAAGCAAGAAAUCAACGCUGCUCUUGAUCUCAUCGUCUCUUAUGUACAACGUUUUGGUAAAGUUAAAGAAACGAAUUUAAAUGAAUUUCGGACAAAUCUUGAAAAAUCACUAUUGGAAAAAUAUGAAGGACAUUGGUAUAUUGAAAAGCCUAUGCGUGGACAAGCAUAUCGUUCAUUAGUAUUUACGAAAAAAAAUGAAUGUGAUCCGAUUGUUACUCAAGCAUGUGAAAAAGCCGCAUUCAAUUCAAUUUUACUUGGAAUUCAACAUGAUAUUACAAUUUGGGUAGAUCCAAAAGAAGUAACAAUCAGACUUGGUAACCAUCCAUAUUUAAAAGAUGGACAACAAAUGUUAGUUGCUCGAUUCGAUAAUGAAGGCAAUGAAUUAGUUCGAAAUGAUCUCGAUACACUAUUUAAUAGUGACAUAGCAACACUGCCCACUAUUACUACAACAGCAAGCAGUAAUCAAAAACACACGUCAUCUUCAUCAUCGUCUUCUGCGUCCGAUUCAUCUCAACCAUGUUCUGGCUCAUCAACACCACAACGUACAUCUUCUCCAUAUACAAUGCCAACAAUGUAUCAUAAUCUACCAUUAUUUACACCACCUCGAACACUAUCACCACAAACAACGGCAAUACCCACAGCCACACAUUAUUCACCAAACAAUCAACAAUAUUUAAAUUCCUAUGUCUCACUACAACAAGUUCAAUAUAAUGGUGCAAAUCAUACAUAUUCGUCGAUGCCAAUAUCUGUACCAUCACCGGUGAUGACUAUCGAUACAUCCUCUCCAUCUUAUGGUAGUCCAAUAGAAGUUGAACGUUCGGAUACACCGCAUUCACAUCAUAGUACGGCGUCUAAUGAUAGUACGGAUUCUGGUUAUUGUGGUUACGUUGAAAGUUUUCCAUAUUAUUAUAAACUAAAUCGUUUAUAUAAAGCUUUGGCCGUUCAAAAGUAUGCCGGUAUACACAUGAAACAACCAACACAUCCUAAUCGACGACCAUACAAUGGACAAGUACCAUUCACAUCAACCGUAACUCCCCCAUUGUCAACAACACCUCCAACACCAACACCUCAGUUUACUAUGAAUCCCCAACAAACAUCAUUUGUUCCGAUAAUAAAUUAUCCUCAUCAACAUCAACAACGAGAAUUAAUUAUCGGACACAAAACCAAACACUAA